AUGAGUGCAUUUACCGACUCUACACUUGUGCGACUUGGUUUUGAAUUGCAGGUAUUCAUACGCGUUGAUACAACUGAAGGUGGUCAGUUUCUGUGGGGAAAGAACCAUUUUCAGGACAGAUUUGAUCUUAUGAUGGAAGUCUUUAGGAACUUCGAACGUGGAUUAGAAGACUGGGAACCUAAAACAAAGACUCAAGACCCAUUUUGGGAACCCUUAGAAACACCUACACUCGUAGGUGUAGCCAUUGUGCCUCUUGAAUCACUGGCUUACAUGUUGGACAUAGAAGAGCAAAUGAUUGGUAUCUAUGACUACCAAGCCCGUCUCGUGGGUCAUCUCGGCGUUUGUCUCGUACCCUGCACUGAAGAUGGAGAGGAAAUGUCGGAUGAAUUAUCUGUGGAGGAACCACUGGAUUUGCUUCAUAAAGACAUUUCUUUUAAAGUGAAGAUCAAGGGGUCCAUUGGAAUUCCAAAACGAUUUAAAUCGUCUUGGUGCCACUACAUUUUCCAAACUGAGCAAGACCGGAUUUAUACAGACGAAGUGCAUGGCGUUGUUCCUAAAUACAAUUUUGAACAUCUGCAUCAGUUGAAAAAGAUGUCACAUGCGACAAUCGAAUACCUGGAGGAAUGUUCACUAAUGAUAGAACUGUACGGGCGGCAGAAGCGAACAGAGAACCCGCGAAGAGGCAGUACUCUUGAUGCAUUUACGCUCUCGGAUAAGCGCCGUUUGAGCAGUUCCACAAGUUUAACCAAUAGCAAUAGUUUAUACUCUCCCAUCAGCUCGGCUUGUGGUAGCUAUGUCCAUCAAUCAAUGAGUGGAAUACUUCUCGAAGAGGAUAGUGAGAAUGAAGAUGAACAGAACAAGGCUGACAGAGAAAUAAAUUCCAGAAGAGACACACAUUUUUCUGAGACGGCGGGGUCAUCUCGUAGGACGUCUGUCGAAUAUGACGGAAACAGUCUAGGCACAACCCAACAACAAAUCCCUGACAUUCUUUUAAAUAGCUCUAAAAAGAGUUUAGACAAUUUAUCGUCGUCUAUGAUAGAAAUAAGGACAGGAAUCGCUUCUAUUAUGGAAGAAGUUAUCAAAAGAGAUGGUUUGCCUGCAGAUCUUGAAUGAAAAAAUACUAUCGCCUCAGUUUCAGAUGACUUUUUAUAUAUACAGAUAAAAAUAAAAUCAGGGAUUCUUGCGAUUUUUAAUUAGUUUUUCAUCAGUUUUGUUUAUUUGUUUGUUUGUGAGUUUCUCUCCUUGUUUGUUCUUCUCUCAUGCUGAACACAAAUGUCUACUGAAACAUCAAGACGUCAUGGAAAAAUAUGUCUAUAAAACAACUUUUACAAAAAAAAAAAAAAACUCGUUUAAUAUCACCGAGAAGAAAUUACAAAGUAUAUAAUUUAUUUGUGAUUUUCGCAAAUU